AAAAAAGAAUUAAUUAUUACGCCUUUUCUACUUUCCUUAAAGGCUCGGAUCAUCAUGAAAAUCUGUAUCUUAUUGUUUGUUUUUGGGCUUGCUGCUGCCGAUUUCUGGCAAGAUGCUACUGCCCCAUACGUAGAUAAUGCAGUUAAGUCAUUUUUGGAAGGUUUUGGCGAAACUGGUUCACUAAGAACUGCACUUAAUCUUCCAUAUGCUGUAGAAUUAGAUGAGGGAGAAGAGGAAAUAAAGGAAGAAGUUGGAAAAAACUUGAAAGACAUUCUGAAUGAAUAUUUGGAAAGAAUUAAAGAUAAAGUGAAUAAAGGAAAGGAUGUUGCUGAAAAACUUGUUGCAAAGAUAAGAGAAAUAAAAGAUAAACUAAAAGAUAUGAAAGAAGAUGCUGGAGAAAAAGCGAAAAGCCUCCUACAGAAAUUGAAAGAAAAGGCUAAAGAUAAAUUUAGAGAACUGUUAGAGAAAUAUAAUUUGGCUAAACGCAGCAUAGAUUAUGAAACUCAAUUAAUUGAACGAUCCACUGUUCACGAUAUCAUAGAAAAACUCAGAGAGAAACUUCUAAACAACGAAACUAUUCGUAAAAUCCGCGAAUAUAUCCGAAAUUUCGUUACUACAAACCCGGAACUGCAAAAAAUAAAAGAAUUUUUGCUGAAAUUAAGAGAAGUGGAUCUUAAAGAACUUCUUCAUACCAUUUUCGAAAGACACCCUACAGUCCAACGUGGUGAAACAUGGGAUAAAGUAAAGGAUUGGUUCAAAAAUUUAAAGGACAAAGUAGGUGAGCAUACAAGGAACAUGCUGGAAAAGCUUAAGGAAAAGCUUAACGUUGCUAAAGAAAAAUUGAAAGGUCAUGCAGAACUCAUCAAAGCCUUGGCUAAAGAUUUGAUCGAACAUGGCAAGGAUAUUCAUGGAGAAUUGGCACGAGAAAUUAUAGAAUUUUUCCAACCCUACAAAGAUGAUUUGGGAUCUUUGUGGAAAGAUCUGUUCAAAAUUGCUAAGGAAGGUUUAAAAGGCUAAAAUCACAUUACUUACGCGCAGUUUAAUUAUAUUGAAAGUUAUGAAAUAAAAAGAUUUCAUUAGAUUC